AUGUAUACUAGUGUAUUAUUCUUAUUGUUAAGUUUCAUUGUGUCGAUAGCGAAUGCUGUUCGUCCAUUAAGUCUUAACCAGAACGUUCUUGCUUUCAAUUCAGACUUUGAAGGGUUACAAGAUAUCUAUGUCAACGAUUUAUCAUUAUUAGAACUCCACAAGUCUUUGAUAGAAAUUGAGUCUAUUUCCAAUGCUGAAACUAACGUGGCAUUAUACUUAAAGAAAUAUUUAGAGAAUACUGGAUUAACAGUAGAAUUACAGGAGAUUCAUGAUGAAUAUGAGAAGAGGUACAAUGUUUAUGCUUAUUUAGGAAAGACUAGAAAUACAAAAGUCUUACUUACUUCCCAUAUUGACACUGUUCCUCCAUAUCUCACAUACAACAUCGAUGGUACCAAGAUAUAUGGAAGAGGUUCAUGUGAUGCAAAAGGUUCAGUGGCUACCCAAAUAAUUACGUUUUUAUCUUUGGUAGAUAGAGGAUUAUUGAAGGAAGGAGAUGUAUCCUUAUUAUUCGUGGUUGGAGAGGAAGUCAGUGGUGUGGGUAUGAAGUUAGCUGAAGAUUUACAUGCCAGUUGGGAUAUUGGUAUUUUUGGAGAACCAACAGAACUUAAAUUAGGAAGGGGACAUAAAGGUAUAAUUGUAUUCAAAUUGAUUGCAAAUGGUAAAGCAUCACAUUCUGGUUAUCCUGAAUUGGGGGUGUCAGCUUCAGAAAUAUUGGUACCAGUAUUAAAUCUGUUAUUGAAUUUGAAACUUCCUACCAAUGAUUUACUUGGUCCAUCUACUUUGAAUAUAGGAGAAUUUUCAGGAGGAGUUGCUGCAAAUGUGAUACCUGCUAAUGCCGAGGCAUUAGUCCUGAUAAGAGUAGCCACUGAUGCUGAUGAAGUACUUCAAUCGGUUAAGGAUUUAAUCAAAGAUGUUCCAAAUUUGGAGUUUGAAUUACAUCAAAAGACAUCACCUCAAUAUUUAGAUUUUGAUAUUGAUGAUUUUGAAACCAUUGCGUUAGCAUAUGGUACUGAUAUUCCUAAUUUAACAGUUGAAUUAAAGAAAAGAUAUCUUUUUGGACCUGGAUCAAUCCAUGUGGCUCAUUCAGACCAUGAAUUCAUUGAAAAUUCUGAUCUUAUCCAAGCUGUAAAAGACUACGAAAGAAUUAUUAAAUACGCUUUAACCAAUUAG